GCCCGGCCCCGCCGCAGGCAGCCGAGUGUUGCUGCGCGCUGGGGUCUUGCUGCUCGCUGGUUCGCUGCCCUGCUCGGGAUGGCCGGCUACCUGCGGGUCUUACGCUCGCUUUGUAGAGCCUCGGGCUCCGGGCCGGCCUGGGUGCCGACGGCCCUGACCACCCCCAGCCUGCAAGAGCAGCCACGGCGCCACUAUGCAGACAAGAGGAUCAAGGUGGCGAAGCCAGUGGUGGAGAUGGAUGGCGACGAGAUGACUCGCAUCAUUUGGCAGUUCAUUAAGGAGAAGCUUAUCCUGCCUCACGUGGACGUCCAGCUCAAGUAUUUUGACCUCGGGCUUCCAAAUCGUGACCAGACUGAUGACCAGGUCACCAUUGACUCUGCGUUGGCCACCCAGAAAUAUAGUGUGGCUGUCAAGUGUGCCACCAUCACCCCUGAUGAGGCCCGUGUGGAAGAAUUCAAGCUGAAGAAGAUGUGGAAGAGUCCCAAUGGAACCAUCCGAAACAUCCUAGGGGGGACUGUCUUCCGAGAGCCCAUCAUCUGCAAAAACAUCCCCCGCCUUGUCCCUGGCUGGACCAAGCCCAUCACCAUUGGCAGGCAUGCUCAUGGUGACCAGUACAAGGCCACAGACUUCGUGGUAGACCGAGCUGGCACAUUCAAGAUGGUCUUCACUCCAAAGGAUGGCAGUGGUGCCAAGGAGUGGGAGGUGUACAACUUCCCUGCGGGCGGCGUAGGCAUGGGCAUGUAUAAUACCGAUGAGUCUAUCUCGGGUUUUGCGCACAGCUGCUUCCAGUACGCUAUCCAGAAGAAGUGGCCGUUGUACAUGAGCACCAAGAACACAAUUCUGAAGGCUUAUGAUGGGCGUUUCAAGGACAUCUUCCAGGAGAUCUUUGACAAGCACUAUAAGACUGACUUUGACAAGAAUAAGAUCUGGUAUGAGCACCGGCUCAUUGAUGACAUGGUGGCCCAGGUCCUCAAGUCUUCAGGUGGUUUUGUGUGGGCCUGCAAGAACUACGAUGGAGACGUGCAGUCGGACAUCCUGGCCCAGGGCUUUGGCUCCCUUGGCCUGAUGACAUCUGUGCUUGUUUGCCCGGAUGGGAAGACUAUCGAGGCUGAAGCUGCUCAUGGGACAGUUACCCGCCACUAUCGGGAGCACCAGAAGGGCCGGCCGACCAGUACCAACCCUAUUGCCAGCAUCUUUGCCUGGACGCGUGGCCUAGAGCACCGGGGAAAGUUGGAUGGGAACCAGGAUCUCAUCAGGUUUGCACAAACUCUGGAGAAGGUGUGCGUGGAGACUGUGGAGAGUGGAGCCAUGACCAAGGACCUGGCUGGCUGCAUCCAUGGCCUUAGCAAUGUGAAGCUGAAUGAACACUUCCUAAACACCACAGACUUCCUGGACACCAUCAAGACCAACCUGGACAGAGCUCUGGGCAAGCAGUAGGGGAGGUGCUGCCUGAUGGUGGUGGCGGACAGGCCGGAGCAGAGCCGGCAGCAGGUCCUCCUGACGCACGGUGGAGGGUGAGCCUCACAGCCCCUCUCUGGAGGCCUUUCUAGGGGACAUAUUUUUAUAAGCAAGAUGUUUUUAAAAGUAUGUGUGUGUUUCCCCUCAUGGUGACGUGAGGCAGGAACAGUGUGCUUUACCUCAGCCGCUCAGUAUGUUUUGCAUACUGUAAUUUAUAUUGCCCUCGGUACACAUGGUGCCAUAUUUAGUGACUAAAAAGCUCUUCACAAAACUGUCUGCUGUGUUUGUCCCUGAGGGGAAGGAGGCCGCUGGGGCCAGAGGCAGAGGCCCUCGUAGAGCUGGUGGGUUCCUCCAGGGGCAGGCCAGAGCAUCUCGGGCCAGCACAGGGGAGACAGGAGCUGCUUGAGGAGCUGCUUGAGAAGCUGCUGGGACUCUGUGGACACAGGCCUGUGGGUUUCCUAGAAUUCCCCAGGAUGAGCCAUUUUAUCUGGGUCUCCAUUUUGGGUUUCUAUCACUUCCUGAUAGAUUGUAUGUUAAUAAUAAUAAUGACUUUUGUUGUUAUUGUUUGAUGCUUUUAGCCUUCUAAACAUCUCCAGACCUUUGUUUACCCUUUUCUCUCUAUACUAAAAACAGGUCCUACCCAGUGCCUGCUUUGCAGGGCCUGUUUGUGUAUAAAGGGCACCUCCUGUAGACUAGACCAAGUGGUUCCCAGACUUGGGUUCAUUUUUACCACAUUUUGGCAAAACUAGAAAUGAAGGUGAUAAAAAGUUGCCCCAGGGCUGGGGAUGUGUCUUGGUGGUAGAGCACAUUGCCUGGCGUGUGUGAGGCCCUGGCUUCUAGCCCUAGAACUGCUAUCUUUGAUUUAAAGCAUUAUCCUCUGUGCAGUGAUUAUAUUUUUAUUCUUUGGUGUUAAAAUGUCCGGGGGAAGAGUUGAAUAAUCUUUACUUGAAAAAAUAAAUAUAGUCAGUCCUCUGUAUUCAGAGGUUCUGCA